AUGGAUUUUGAUGCAAAAAAGUUGGAAGAAGCCGCAAAACAAAAUAUCCGGUUUGUUGAAAAAAACACCAAAUGAAAGAAAAGGAUAUUUAUGGGAUUGAUUUUCAGAUAUGCGAGAUGGCAACGAGAAGAAAAGGAGGCGAAGAAUCGCGGAUUGGAAUUUAAGAUGUAUUGGGAGAAACGACAUCAGGAGGAUCGAGAUUUGUGGAGAUUGAAGGUUCGGAGAGGGCCACUGAACAUCAGAGUCCACAAAAAUCUCAAAAAAUUCUGAAUCGAAACUUUCUAGCCCUCAAAAAUUGCAAAUCUCAACUUCUAAUAAGAGUUAUGACGUGGCAAACUUCUAGAAUCCUCAUUUUACAGAGCUUUGACUAAUGAUAGUUAGACUAACUUCUGAUUAACCUCAAUAACUACAUUGAAGGAUAGAUUUCAUGAAAAUUCGAUAUUUUUCGAACUUUGCCACGUCACAGCUCAUUUUUUCUAUCAAAAUUCAUCCUAGAUCUACACAGUCUGUUACGAUUCAGAAAAUCUGGUCUGAACAUCUGAAAUCACAAGCCUAAACCCCUCAUAAAUUCCAGGAUUUCGCGAACGCUGUGGAUAAAAUGAGCCGCGCCGGAUACAAAGGAAAACACGGAGAUUUCCACGUUCCACAAGACAGCUAUGAUGAACUCAAUUCGCUUUACAUGCAAGCAACUGUUGGAGACUACGGUACAAUUUUUUUUCCUUCUGCAAUUUGUUUUUUUUUCGAAUUCUAGAAUAUUUAAUCAAUUUUUUCAGAUGGCAACACUGCUCUGAAGUGCAGUGCGAAUUGGAAGAAACACAUUGGAAAAACGCAAGUGGAAGUGAUUCGCGAGUUUAUCAAAUUGACGAAUAUCACAUUGACCAAGUAUGGAUGGAACCCGCCUGAGAGAUGGGUUUAG